AUGCCUCCCAUACAAUUCAAACUCACCAAAUCUGACGACUUCACCCGACGCGCGACGUUUCAGCAGCUCCCGAACUGGAACGAGCUCGCGGCCAAGUUGCAAGCGCUCUAUAACAUUCCUGCGGACAGGGUUGGGGUUUCGUACAUUGAUAACGACAAUGACGAGAUAACGGUCAAUUCCAACGAGGAGCUCCAGGAUUUCUACCAGGGCUCCUACAAGUCUGGUCAGGUCAUCAAGCUCAACGUCCUCGACUUGAACAAGACCCGGGAUACUUCUAGCAUCCCGCCCGCCAAUCGCAACACCUUCGGGCAGGAUGACUUCGACUUCCCCGCCGACACUGACUGGCAGCGCCUGCCUCCGUUCAGCAUCGCAGAGCUCUUCAUGGGCAAGGAGAGCGUCUCGGAUGGUCCGCACGCGUUUGUUGAAGUCCUCGACAGUGACAUCAGCGGUUUCGGGAAGGACGUGGACAACAUGAGCGACACCGACUCGGAGGGUGGCCGUUCCACCGUUCAACCAUCGUCUGUCGACAAGGGAAAGAGCAAGUCCUCUACCUUUGGAGCGGCCUCCGUCACCUCUCUCGUCGCGGAAGAAGCGUCUGAAAAGUACCCCGUCCACGUUUUGGACCACGGAUCUGUGAAGAACGGUCCUUCGUCAGCGCCACCUGCAGCGACAACAAAUCCUUUCAGCGACUCUCAACCUGCCAUCACUGCGCAGAGCACACCCAAGGUCCAGAGCCAGAACGUUGACGCUGCGCAAGCCCAGGACGCCUCUGGCGAUGUGAACAUGGAGGAUCCACCUCUUCCGGACUUGGAUGCGCCGCAGCAGUCUAACGCAUCUGCCAGUCUCUCCAAUGAUAUCGCCACCGUCCUCACCACCUUCACUUCCGUCAUUUCUUCCCAUCCUGAGCUCUCCGAAGGCGUCCGCAACAUCAUCCGGAACGCAACCAAUGGGACUUACUGGCAGAGCCACCGUUCGGCUAUGUCCCAGGCCGCUCGGGAGAUGUCUCGUCCCGCUGAGGAAUACAACCACGACGAGGCUGUGCGCAGGAUCUCUGACGCACUCGGUGGGAUCUUCCGCUCACUCUCGCAGGCAGGCGCCAAUGGAGAAUCGGGAAGUCAACAAGCUAACCAGCCGGCCAGUACUAACCCGUUCGAUUGGCGUACUCCUCACUUUAUGCGACCCCCUCCUCCUGGAGGACGUGCACCUUGGUCUCGCAGGUUCACAACUGCUCUGGAUGAGGGCAGGCCGUGGCACCACUGGUAUACCCCUCCCUGGGCUGCUGGAUCGCACCAUCCACACGGACCACAUCCACCUCCCCCUCCAGGGUUCCCGGGACCGCCACCCCCAAGUGACCGGACGCCUCCACCUCCGCCUCCGCCUCCAGCUCAUGGCUCUCUAGUGCCCCCACCGCCGCCUCCGCCCGCUCAACCUGAGCCCCACUUCCCAGGACAUUUGCCGGGAAGUCCUCCGUCACCACCUCAGCCUCCUAGCCCACCUCCAUCGCACCAUCGAGGCCCUCCACCUCACCAUCGUGGUCCUCUGCCAGAGGAUGAUGCGCCACACCACCGCGGACCGCCUCCUCCGGGACCUCCUCCAGGCCCUCCUCCUCCUUUCGGUCCUCAUGGACCUAUGCCUCCACCACCCCGUGGUCCUCCCUUCCACCACCCCCACCAUCACGGCCCUCCGCCGCCGCCGCCGCCGCCGCCUUCUGGACGCGAAAGGGACCAGGGUGGGCCGUUCUACGGCCGCGGGAUGCGAGCACAUGGUCCGGCUCCCUUUGCCAACCCGUUCGCAACCUUCACCCACUCUAACGGCUCCAGGAUGAGUUCCGAGGAAAUGAGAGCGCAGCUAGAGAGGGCGAAGGCUGCGUACAAGGCUCAGAAAGAAACUUAUCGUCAAGAACGCGAGCUACGCAAGAGGGAGAGGGACCGCAUCAUGGCCGCGCACAGAGUUGUAAAUGGCGAGAACAACGACGCCAACCCUGUAACUAUUCAGGCUAGCAGUUCGUUGGAUAAUCUUCAAACAACGAACAUCGUCAGCAACGCCUGGGGCCCUUAUCCCCAAUAUGAAAUCCAGAGCGUCCCCAGAAGAUCCAAUACGCACCCCGGACAUGGGCUUCGACGCACCGAACGUAAAGCGGAAGAUUUAUACUCGCGUUCCCUGUCCCGAAUUACGAAGAGGCUGGCUGAUAUGGGUUUCUCGGAGACCUCUCAUGCAGAGCUUCCGGAGAAAAUCAAGUCGCAGCUGCCAAAUAGCGGGAUCAUAUCGAAGGAGAAAGAGGAUGACAUCGUGACCACUCUUUUGGAGGACCUGCUCGUGUCAUCGCCCAAGCCGCCUGCUGCAUCUGGGAGUGGCUCUCGACGACAGGAGAGUCGUGAGGGUGCCGCUGGUUCCUGGCAGUGA